AUGGCUACAGUUGUUCUUGGUGCCCAGUGGGGUGAUGAAGGAAAGGGCAAGUUAGUGGAUAUCCUAUGUGACGAUAUCGAUGUCUGUGCGCGGUGUCAAGGCGGUAACAAUGCCGGCCAUACUAUUGUUGUCAAUGGUGUGAAAUACGAUUUCCAUAUGCUGCCUUCCGGGCUUAUCAACGACAAGUGUGUCAAUUUGGUUGGUUCCGGUGUGGUUGUGCACACUCCCUCUCUGUUCAAGGAGCUCGAGACCAUUCAGGCUAAGGGUCUGAAUACCGACGGUCGCCUGUUUGUUUCCGACCGAGCUCACCUCGUGUUCGACUUCCACCAGCUGGUCGACGGUCUCCGUGAGCAAGAGCUUUCUGGUUCCAAGAAGGCUAUUGGUACCACCGGUAAAGGUAUUGGUCCCACCUACUCCACCAAGGCUACUCGAUCUGGUCUCCGGGUUCACCAUUUGGUGUCCGAGUUGCCCGGUGCGUGGGACGAGUUCGUCAAGAGCUAUCACAAGCUGCUUGAGAGCGAGCAAAAACGUUUCGGCGGCUUCGAGUACGAUGGAGAGGCGGAGCUUGCCCGUUAUAAGGAGUAUGCUGAGCGUCUCCGUCCUAUGGUUAUCGAUAGCGUCCCUUUCAUGGCGGAGAUGCUGACCGAUAAAUCCAAAAAGGUUUUGGUCGAGGGUGCCAAUGCCCUGAUGCUUGACCUCGAUUUCGGCACCUACCCCUAUGUCACUUCGUCCAACACUGGUAUUGGUGGUGUCAGUACUGGUUUGGGCAUCCCCCCUCAAAAGAUCAAGGAGGUUAUUGGUGUUGUUAAGGCCUACACUACUCGUGUUGGUGCUGGUCCUUUCCCCACCGAGCUCCAUGAUAAGACCGGUGAGUACCUCCAAGAAGUUGGUGCCGAAUUCGGUGUGACCACCGGCCGUCGUCGUCGUUGCGGUUGGCUUGAUCUCGUCGUUGUCAAGUACUCGACUCUGAUCAACGGCUACACCAAACUCAACAUCACCAAGCUUGAUGUUCUUGAUCAGCUCCCUGAAAUCAAGGUUGCGGUUGCCUACAAGCAUAACAACAAGACUCUGGAAUCUUUCCCUGCUGAUCUUUCCAUUGCUGCCGAUGCUGAGGUCCAAUACAAGACCUUCAAGGGUUGGCAACAAGACACCUCCAAGUGCCGCAGCUAUGACGAGCUUCCUUCUGCUGCUAAGGAGUACUUGACUUUCAUCGAGGACUUUGUCAAGGUCCCUAUCUCUUGGGUUGGCGUCGGCGCCGGCCGCGAGGCUAUGCUCACCAAAUAG